CCGCGGCCAGAUAGGCCACGGGCCAGAUGUGGGGUGGGAGGGCCCAAGUGUUGUGUCGGCUAUGGGGGUUGCGGCCCGCAGGGGUCCCCGGAAGGAGAGUGUUAAGCUGCCAUGCUGCGUCGGAAGAGGGAAGCGGUUCGGCGAGGUGUUGGAACUGCGGCAGCCCCGGGCGGGGGGAAGGGUUCUUCUGCCACCAGUGCCGAGCGCUGCAGCCGCCGGACCCGACUCGAGACUACUUCAGCCUCAUGGAUUGCAACCGUUCCUUCAGAGUUAACACUACAAAACUCCAGCACAGGUUUCAGCAACUACAGCGUCUUGUCCACCCAGAUUUCUUCAACCAGAGAUCUCAGCUAAAGCUUCAUGGGAUAGAGAUUCCUAAAGGGACAGAUUAUGAAAUGGAUAGUCAGUUCCUCAUGGAAAUAAUGGAAAUCAAUGAAAAACUUGCAGAAGCUCAAAGUGAAGCUGCCAUGAAAGAAAUUGAAUCCACUAUACAAGCUAAACAGAAAGAAUGUACUGACAGCGUGAGCAGAGCUUUUGAACAAGAUGACUUUGAAAAAGCCAAGGAAAUUUUAACAAAGAUGAAAUACUUUUCAAAUAUAGAAGAAAAGAUCAAGUUAAAGAAGAUUCCCUAUAGUUAAUUACUUAUUUAAAGUUUUAAAAACAAAUUUCCUGUAUUCUUUCCUGGCUUCUGCUAAUUGAAAAUAGGUAUGCUUUAACCUUUAUAUCAUUUUAUUUCAGUCUGUGGCUCAAGCUUUAAUGGAUGGCAAAGUUCACUGUGCUGGAGGAAAAACAAUCAGGUCAGAGCUUGAGUGGUCACUUCUUCAACUGACUUCAUGUAAUACCUGAUACAGCAAGCAUCCCACCUAGGCCAGUGGAUGAGGAGGUGGGGAAGGGACAACUUGAGGCCCUUUUUCUACAGAUAUCUAGAUAGUGACUAUUUUAGGCUUGAUGGGCUUAUAUGACCUCUCUUAUAACUUCUCAACUCUUGUCAUUUUAGCACAAAAGCAGCCAAGACAAUAUUUAAAUGAAA